UUUUGAAGUUGGUCACGUCAUGUGGGCUCCGUUUAUUCUUAUAUUAUUUUUCAACGGCGGCUUUUCGACCCAAAUUACGCGUUUUACAAACCUAAAGUGUAAAGUGUUGGAUCCAUCCUAUUGCGUAUAUGAUAAGUGUCACCUUACAAUACUUGGUCGAGGAAUUGUGGGAAUAAACGUGGAUGCAAAACUGUUAAAAGGACCCUUUAAUAAUGCGAAGGUAAACCUCAGUCUUUGGCGUAAAUUCAAUGGUUUUCGUCCAUUUAUGUUCAAUGUGACCUUUGAUUUUUGCAAAUUUAUGCUAAAAUCGAAUGCCGCCUUGUCAUUUCAAAAAAUAUUUUUGGAUGCUCUCUCUACGCAAUCAAAUCUAAAUCACUCUUGUCCAUAUGAGAAGGAAAUUGUGGUGCGUGAUUUGGUAAUCCAGAACGAUUUUUUGAAGUUCUUGCCAUUACCAUCUGGGGAGUAUCAAAUUCAAAUAAUUGCAGCUACGGAUAAUGAAUGGAAAACUAAAGUUGAUGUAACGGGCUUAUUAGAGGAAUGA